AUGUCCAAGUUGGUGAGAGAAUGCAAGGAGAGACUAAUGAAUGCAGCUCCUAGACAAGUUCCACUACCAUCAUCAGGACAGCAAGGGGGGAGUUCCGCCACAAGUAGCUAUGGGAUGAGUUAUCAUGCCUAUACACAAGCACAAACAGCAAGUGAUGGUGGAAAGAAGAGGAAAACAGCUGUUGGUUCAGUUGAAAAGGCCUUCCAAAACUCAGCUAGGGAGCAAUGCGAUAGUGAGGUUGCAAGGAUGUACUACACCGGUGGCUUAUCUUUCAACCUAGCUAGAAAUCCACACUAUCAGAACUCCUACAUUCGUGCUUCUACCCUUCCAGGCUACAUUCCACCAGGCUAUAAUGCUCUAAGGACCACACUUCUUGCAAAAGAAAGGAAAAAUAUUAAGCAUCAUUUAGAACCAAUCAAGAUUACUUGGAAAGACAAAGGUGUGAGUCUUUGUAGUGAUGGUUGGUCUGAUGCACAAAGAAGACCAUUGAUUAAUGUGAUAGCCACUUGUGAGAGUGGUCCGAUGAUGUUGAGGGCUAUAAACUGUGAGGGGGAAUUCAAGGAUCAUGCAUUGAUUGCAGACUUGAUUAUAGAUUCCAUCAAGGAAGUGGGUUGGGAAAAUGUUGUGCAAGUGAUUACCGACAAUGCUCCUGUUUGUUCCAAGGCCGGUGCCUUGAUAGCAAGUAAGUAUCCUACUAUUUUUUGGACACCAUGUGUAGUGCAUACUUUGAAUCUUGCUGUCAAGAAUAUUUGCACACCUUCAUUAGUUGCAAGCAAUGCGGAUGUGUUUGAUGCAUGUUGUUAUUUACAGCCAGUUUCUGAGGAUGUUAUGUUUAUCAAGAACUUCAUUAUGAAUCAUGGAAUGAGAUUAGUGAUGUUUAAUGACCAUUGCAAUUUGAAGUUGCUUUCGGUUGCUCCCACAAGAUUUGCAUCUACGUUAAUCAUGCUAAAGAGGUUUAGGCAAAUCAAAAAUGGUUUGAAACAGAUGGUCAUCAGUCCAAAGUGGGAUGAUUACAAAGAAGAUGAUGUUAGGAAGGCAGCUUCUGUGAAAGAGAAAUUAUUAGAUGAGUUGCUGUGGGAUGACAUUGAUUACAUCAUUUCUUUUACUGAGCCUAUCUAUGAGAUGAUCAGGAGAGCAGACACUGAUAGGCCUUCUCUUCAUUUGGUGUAUGAAUGGUGGGAUAGUAUGAUUGAGCAAGUGAAGAAAGCUAUCUAUAGGAAAGAAAGGAAGCAACCUCAUCAAGAGUCUCCAUUUUGA